GAGAGAGAGAGCAGAGCCGGCCACCAGCUGAGACAGCCUGUUGAUCCAAGAGACCCUCACACAGUCCAGCUUCUCAGGCGACCACCAUGUCUGCUCAGGAUGAAGGCAGCCGGGAUCACCCCAAACCCAAGGGCAAGGUGAGGGAGGGGAGAGAGGGAUCCAUCCUUGCUGAGCCUUGAGAAGACCCUGAGCAGUUUGUUGGGGUCCCUCCCUGGCUUCAGUUCUGCCCGGAACCUAGUGGCCAAUACCCACAGCUCAGCAAGAGAAACCCAGCCAACCACCAACCCUAUGGGUGCUCCUGCCACAGAGGCUGUCCAGCCCCAGGCUGAUGUGGCCACCAACCUGGAGCAGACAGCCAGGGGGAUGGAGAAACUGCUACAGCCUUCAGAAAAGAUGGUGUCAGGGGCCAAAGACUUGGUAUGCUCUACAAUGACCAAGAGCAAAGAUACCAUCUCUUCCGGGCUGGCCAACAUGGUGGACACAGCUAAGGGAAUGGUCCAGGGAGGGCUGGACACCACCCGAUCUACACUCACAGGCACCAAGGAGGCAGUGUCCAGUGGGGUCACAGGGGCAGUGGGCAUGGCCAAAGGGGUCAUCGAAGGGGGUCUGGACACCUCAAAGGCUGUCAUCACUGGAACCAAGGACACAAUGACCACUGGGGUCAUGGGUGCAGUGAACUUGGCCAAAGGAACUGUCCAGACUGGUGUGGACACCACCAAGAAUGUGCUGACCAGCACAAAGAACACUGUCUGCAGUGGGGUGAACAGUGCCAUGAACAUUGCCAAGGGAGCCGUCCAGGGAGGCCUGGACACCACCAAGUCUGUGGUCAUGGGUACGAAAGACACUGUGUCCACUGGGGCAAUGGGGGCAGCGAAUGUGGCCAAAGGAACCGUCCAGACUGGUCUGAACACCACCAAGACUGUGCUGACCGGCACCAAGGACACUGUCUGUACUGGAGUGACUGGUGCUGUGAGUGUGGCCAAAGGGGCUGUCCAGGGGAGUCUAGACACCUCCAAGACUGUGCUGACUGGCACCAAAGAUACAGUGACCACUGGGCUCACUGGGGCAGUGAAUGUGGCCAAAGGAACUGUCCAGACUGGCCUGGAUACCGCUAAGACUGUCCUGACUGGUACCAAGAACACUCUCACCAGUGGAGUGACUGGUGCUGUGAAUGUGGCCAAGGGAGCUGUCCAGGGGGGUCUGGACACCACCAAGUCUGUGGCCAUGGGUACGAAAGACACUAUGUCCACUGGGGUCAUGGGUGCAGUGAAUUUGGCCAAAGGGACUGUCCAGACUGGCCUGAAUACCAGUAAGACUGUGUUGACUGGCACCAAGGACACUGUCUGCACUGGAGUGACCAGUGCCAUGAGUGCAGCCAAAGGGACUAUCCAGACUGGCCUAGAUGCCAGUAAGACUGUGUUGAGUGGCACCAAAGACACAGUGUCUACUGGGGUUAUAGGGGCAGUGAAUGUGGCCAAAGGAACCACAAGGACUGGCAUGGACACCACCAAAACUGUCCUAACUGGCACCAAGAAUACCAUCUGUAGUGGAAUGUCCAGUGCUGUGAAUGUGGCCAAAGAGGCUGUUCAAGGGGGCCUGGACACCACCAAGACUAUGGCCAUGGGUACAAAAGACACAGUGACCACUGGGAUCACUGGGGCAGUGAACUUAUCCAAAGGGACUGUCCAGACUGCUGUGGAAACUACCAAGACUGCACUGACUGGUACCAAAGACACCAUCUGCAGUGGGAUGACUGGCACUGUGAAUGUGGCCAAAGGGGCUGUCCAAACUGGCAUGGACACCACCAAGACCAUGCUGACCAGCACCAAAGACACAAUGUCCACUGGGCUCAGUGGGGCAGGCAGUGUGGCCAUAGGGGCUGUCCACACUGGUCUUGGUACUCUCCAAAACUUGUUACCUCGUACCCAAGACACUAUCUGGGGUGAAAUCACCAGUUGCAGGACCACAGACAAAGGCAAGGAACAGACCAUCUUGAGCCCCCCAAAAGCCCUGACCACUGGGGUUUCCAGUCCCCCAGACUCUCUCUCUGCAGGCCUGGAGUUUGCCCAGGAACCCGCAGCCACCACCAGGCACCUUGUGUGUGAUGAGGCCCUGUUUCCCCAAGAGGCAGCCCUGGUCAGCGAGGAUGUGGGGCACCUGGCAGCCAUGUGUGGCCCUGAAGGAAUCCUGGGCUUUGCGGCUUUGCAGGAUGAAUUGGAGGGGAUGGGGGAGAUCUUCCACCCAAUGAGCGCUGCAGAGCAAGCUCAACUGGCUGCCUCUGAGCCAGGGCCAAAGGUGCUCUUCGCGGACCAGGGAAGCUACUUUGUCCGUUUAGGAGACCUGACCCCUGGCUUCCGCCAGCGAGGUUUUGAACAUGCCAUGAGCCACCUGCAGCACGGCCAGUUCCAAGCCAGGGAUGCUUUGGCCCAACUGGAGGGUUGCUUCACACUGAUUGAAAAGGCCAAGCAGACUCUGGAUGGGGAGCUGUGUCUAGACCAGGGCUUAAGCACCAGUGUGGAGGACACCAAUAGCCAGGAGGUACGCCUGGUCGAGCUGAGGCCCUCCUGUCCCCUUGAUGAUCCCUCCUCCCACCCCUCACCUAGUGCCUUCCUCCCACAGGAGCAGGACACAGGGGUUCUGGCCAGGGUCUGUGGCCUUGCCCAACAGCUACAUACAGCCUAUAGUGGCCUGGCCUGUGGCCUCCAGGGCCUGCCUGCUGAGCUCCAGGGGCGGAUUGGGCAGGCACGGCACAGCCUCUGCAACCUCUAUGGCAUUGUGUCAUCCACUGGCUCCAUGGAGGAGCUGCCAGCAGCACAGCUGGCCCAAAGCUUUGAGCGUGUGCGUCAGGCAUGGCAGGGGCUGGAGGAGCUUUUGGAGAGCCUGCAGCACAGCCCUCCACUCGGCUGGCUGGUAGGGCCCUUUGCUUCACCCCCUGCCAGACAGUAGCUAUAGCUACAGGCUGGGUACAGGGGUCUCCCUGCCCUGUCUGAGGAACUAACUCCGAACCUUCUCCCCAGUCCCAAACCCAGCUCAAGCUCAGCUCCCCAAAGCCCUGGACCUUGGGGGCUAGAGCUGGUCUUGUGCUGAGCCUUCACUCUCCAAACUCCUCACGCCUGCCACCUCUCCUCAAGCAUUGCUGGCUCCUCUCCUGACCUGGGAGCCUGGGGUCACUAAGAUCACACACCAGUGACCUUCCCUGAACCAUCUUGAGCGAGCACUGUGAUUACCAAAGUGAAGCAAAAAUGUGCCAGGCCUAGAAGUCUCCCCAUUUACCCCACUUUAGGAAAC